AUGGCAACCGACGUGGUAUUCGAUACCUCAAUGGGUUCUUUCACUGUUGAGCUCUACAACUCCCAUGCGCCCAAGACCUGCAAGAACUUUGCCACUCUCGCGCAGCGUGGCUACUACAACAAUGUGAUCUUCCACCGCAUUAUUCCCAACUUUAUGAUUCAAACGGGCGACCCAACGGGCACUGGCCGAGGCGGAAGUUCGAUCUACGGCGAGAAAUUCGAGGAUGAGAUUCGCGACGAUCUAAAGCACACGGGCGCUGGGGUAUUGAGCAUGGCAAAUAGCGGUCCCAACACAAAUGGCAGCCAAUUUUUUAUCACCCUGGCUCCAACGCCCUGGCUGGACGGAAAACACACAAUUUUUGGUCGUGUCAAAAGCGGCAUGAGAGUCAUCCAGCGCAUGGGACUAGUCAAGACUCGGGGCGAAGACCGACCAGUCGAUGAGGUGAAAAUCAUUCGCGCAAGGGUUGUGGAGGGUGAAGAGUGA